AUGACAUUUCUAUUGAAGGGCUCUCCAGAAUGUGUGAAAUCUGAACUGGAAUUGUUUCAGAUGCCUGGUACACAAACCGUCAUUCAAAGUGGACAGUGGGUAGAAUUCCAUCCGUUAUCGAAUGUAUUUGAUGGCGGACCCGUAGAAUUUCAUAUAUCUGGAUCCGGCGAGGAAUUUAUUGAUUUAAGCCAGACUCAACUGCACGUGCAAGCAAAUAUUUUAAGAAAUAAUAAUACAACCUUAACGAAAGAUGAUGAUAUUGGACCAGUUAAUUUAUUUUUACAUUCCUUGUUUUCUCAAGUGGAUGUAUCUUUAAACGAUCGCAUCAUUUCAAAUUCGAGCAACACCUAUCCUUACAGAUCCUAUAUAGAAACACUUUUAAACCAUGGUUAUGAUAGUAAAACCUCCCAACUCACAUCAGAACUUUAUUAUAAGGAUUCCAACGAUGGAUUUAAAAAAAGAUCAGAGUUCUUUAAACUAAGUGCUAGUGUGGACAUGAUUGGUUGUAUACAUAGUGAUCUUUUUCAUCAAAACAGGUUAUUAUUAAAUAUUUUAGAUUUAAAAAUAAAGUUGAUUCGCAGUAAACCUGAAUUUUGUUUGAUCGGCAAAUCUGGAUAUAAAAUUAUACUAGAUAGAAUUUCACUUUUAAUAAGAAAAGUGCGUGUAAGUCCUGGUGUAAUUUUAGGACAUGCGAAAGCUUUAGAAAAAGAUACUGCAAAAUAUCCUAUCGAUCGAGUCCUCUGUAAAGCAUAUUCCAUUCCUAAAGGUAGCAUGUCUUUUGUUCAAGACAAUGUAUUUGUGGGACAAAUCCUUAAACGACUCAUCAUAGGAUGUGUGGAAAAUGAUGCAUUUCACGGCACAUUCGAGAAAAAUCCUUUUGAUUUUAAACAUUUUAAUUUAAAUUUUAUCGCAGUCUACGUAGAUGGUCAACCAGUUCCUCAUAAUCCACUGGAGCUGAACUUUUCACAAAAUCAGUAUAUCAGAGCCUAUCAAAAUUUAUUUAUGAGCACUGAGCAUAUGAGAAGUGAUAGAGGCAAUUUUAUUUCUCGGGAAGAGUUCUGUGAUGGGUUUACCCUCUAUGCGUUUGACUUAUCACCUGACUUAUGCGACGGCGAUCAUUUCAAUUUAAUAAAGCACAGUAAUUUAAGAGUUGAAAUGAAAUUUGAGAGACCGCUAGCUAAUUUGAUCAACUCGACCAGGAUUUCACUGGUUAGCUAUGUACAUGGCUGA